AUGAAGUUCAAUUCGAUCCUUUCUUUGUCUUUGUCAGCCUUAUUUGCCUCGUCUGCUGGCCUUGUGUCGGCUGCCAAUCCGUUGGAGCGUUUAUUCAUUCAAAAUGGCGGACUCAAGAUCCAGGAAGAUAAGAAGAUUCCUGGAGAUUCCCCGAUCUCACUCUGCGAUGCUGAAUUGAGCCAAUUGAUUGAGAUUGAUAACAUCACUAUCGAUCCUAAUCCUCCAGUACGUGGAUCCACCCUCAACAUCCUUGCUAGCGGUUUACUCAAACAAAAUAUCGAAGAAGGAGCAUAUGUCGAGGUCGAGGUCAAAUACGGUUACAUCAAACUUGUUCAUGAUACUAUUGAUUUGUGUGAGCAAUUAGGAAACGUCAACAUGACAUGUCCAGUCGAGGCCGGCCAAAUCGACCUGUCCAAGUCUGUGGACCUGCCUAACGAGAUUCCUCCUGGCAAAUACUCGGUUGUGGCUCGGGCCUACACGGUAGACGACGAGCUGCUUACCUGUCUGACAGCCCAGGUCGAGUUCCCCAUCGACAAGAGGGUUUAA